AUGCGUCUUCUUGGCCAUCCGGGUUCCCUCUUCCUUACCAUUCUUCUUGUUAGCAGCCUUUUCCUGAUUAACCUCAUCGCAGGAGCCAAUGGAACUACCGGUAGGUCUGCUGCAGAAAAGGAGAAAGAGAAGAAGAAAUCAAUGAAGCGGUUGGUGGCCACAGUUCCUGGAGAUAUUAUUUUAGGAGGACUCUUUCCUGUACACAGUUCCGGCUCCGAGAAAUGCAUGUCCGUUAAUCCAGAGCGUGGAAUUCAGCGAUUGGAGGCAAUGCUUUUCACUCUAGAUGAAAUUAACAAUAAUUCGGCUCUCUUGCCUGGUCUGCGACUUGGAGCUAAUCUACGGGAUACUUGUUCACUCGGCAACCAUGCUCUGGAACAGUCUCUGGAUUUUGUAAGACAUACUGCAGAUGAUGUUUUGAGUGAAAGCUCGAAGGAGCAGGAGAAGGGUAUAUGCCAAUGUGCCUGCCCGUGUGCUUCGGGAGGAUGUGUCACUGGUUACUAUAGCCCCUCUCAACAGAAAAUGUCUUCAGCUGCCUCUUCUCCCCCCACAUCAUGGAGUCAAGAUAUAGUGCGUGGCGUGGUGGGAGGAUCUUACACUACCGUUUCUAUCUUAGUUGCCAAUCUCUUCAGAUUGUUUAAACUACCUCAGAUUUCCUAUGCGUCUACUAGCGCCGUUUUAAGUGACAAGAGAACGUACCCCUUGUUUGCCAGAACAGUGCCAUCAGAUGUUGAACAAGCUCGCGUGAUGGCUGCUCUUGUGGCAGCACACAAUUGGACGUAUGUUUCCACAGUUCGAAGCGCCGGAGAUUAUGGUGAUUCUGGAAUGGACGCCUUCUGGAAGGAAGCUGAUAAAAGGGAUGUUUGCAUUGCGGCUAGAGAAGUUAUUCGUGGCAGUUCGACAUCAAAAGAUUUGAAUGAGGUGGUGAAGGUACUACGACAUGGUUUUUCGAAAGCACGAGUAGUGGUUCUUUUCACCAGGAUGGACCAUACAAAGCUCCUUUUGGACGCUGUUCGAAGAGCAAACUAUACGGACCACUUUGUAUUUAUUGGCAGUGAUGGCUGGGGACGCGAAAAUAUACCCGUCAUGAAUAAUUCUCGAGUGGCUAACGGCGCUCUGACAAUCGAGAUUUUAGCAACGGAGAUUGAGAAUUUCAACAAAUAUUACAAAAAUCUACGCUGGGAUAAUAUAAGAAACCCAUGGUUCAAAAAAUAUUGGUCCUCUUUAUUUGGUUGCACGUACGAUAAUUCCACUCAAACAGACACUCCCCACUGCGAGACAACCAAGAAGAGGCGUCUGGGUGAUAAACUUCCAGAACCUUUUAAGCAGGAAGCAAAGAUUCAGUUCGUGUAUGAUGCCGUAUAUGCCCUGGCGCAUGGAUUGCACAAGCUUCAGCAAAAACUUUGUCCAUUCGAUCCCGAUCCGGCUAAAUGGGAUAAAAACGAGUGCAUUCGGAAAUUACUCUCCUUUCCUGGCGACGAAUUCUACCGGACUAUUAUUUCCACGAAGUUUAAGGGUGAGUACUUGCCUACAUCAGUCGUCUACUCAACUUCCAUCUCUCUACUUGUCAACAAAAUAGGCUUUUGCAUUUUGAAAGACUGCUAG